GCCUCGUUGCCCUCUCUCCCGCCGGAGCACCGCCACUGUCUUUGCCGCUCCUCCGUCGCCAUUUUCUCAAUCAAAUCCCUCGCCGGAAGUAGGAGGAUUGUCCGUUGGGAAGGAAACAAAAUGCCUCAGGUGAGGAUUAUUGCGAAGGACUUCAAGGACAUGGUGGCGGCUUUGCCCGCCAUGAAACUUGACAUUCUCUACGAGAAUCCAUUCAUCUGCGAAGCCAUUCUCAGGUCACUGCCGCCAUUGGCGAAGAAGUAGGUCACUCAAAUGUUGUUCUCGGAAGGAUCAGUGACUCCAAAUUGUUGGAGGAGUUGGUACUUCCUGAUGGUUCGUCCAAGCACAGGGUCUCCAUUGAUAGGCAGGCUGGUUCAGCUUAGAAUUUUUACUGAAGCAGUUGAAAGGUUGGUGCUUUUAGCUAUAUGCCAGAGAGGCAGGAUGAGCCAUCUCCUGUUCAUGUUGGUAGCCGUGAUUACGAUAAGCCAGAUAGAAAUUAUUAUAUCUAUAAAAGAACAAGUAGCAAAACACUAUUGCAUAGUGUCCCAUCAAAAACAUGACUACUUUGAAAUUAGCCAAACUUUUGAGGGGUUUAAUGCUUUUUAAGUCCAUGUUUCUAACCAUAUG